AUGGCUGGUCUUGCUCCUGCGCUGCGCACUUGCUGCGCUCGGAGCAGCUUGCGGGCUCUGAGAUCCUCUACACGGACUUUCACAACCGCGACACCACUCCGAAAUCAAGGUCCCGGCACGGGCGAGAACCGCGAGCAGGCCAACGACCCAGCGCCACGGAAAGAGACACCGAAUGUGUCAAAGACGAACGAGCUAGGCGUGACGGCGUCGGGAAACAGAGAUGGCACUCUACAGGAGACCACAGAAUCAGCAGAGAAACAGCGACAGAUGCAAGCUCCAAAUCGAGCUGGUGUCUGGAGCAGGAGCCAGCAGCCCAGGGAAGUUGCGAUGAGUGGUCCGAGAUUUGAGCAGACUAUUAUGGAUCUACAGCCACAACCAUAUGCGGCAAUCGAUCUCAUUCACAAGCAGCCUGUGAGGUGGGUGGACGGCAAGCAGACUUCUUGCGAUGGUGGAGGAGGCCCGUUAGGUCAUCCAAGGAUUUUUAUCAACGUCGACAAGCCACAGAUCUGCUGGUGCACAUACUGCGGUCUGCCAUAUGCGAAGAAAGCCCACAAGGAGUAUCUUCAAUCUCUUCCGAGCACAACAUAUCCUCUAGCACCGACCAAUGAUCCGGUACAAGUGCAGAUGCCUCAGACUCCAUCACAAAAAGGAGAGAUUGAUGGCCACUAUCCUGCCCUGAAGGGCGAAGUCGAUGCACAGUCAGUCGCUGGGGCUCAACGAUAG